UUUAGUUGGAGUAUAUUGUGAAAAACAUAACUGGGCGGCCGUAAGUUUGUGGUCUAUAGAAUUAUUUCGACAUUAUGAACUUCAGAGCAGUGCUGACUGGUCUUCUAAUUGUUUUAAAUAUCCUGUGUUCCGUAAAGUCGACAGAUGAGUAUCAUAGCAACUACCCUCAGAAUUUGACAGCGCAGGAUCCAAUUCAAACUAGUUCGAGCCAAAAUUCGCGCCAGAAGCGGUUUAUUAUUAGCGAUGCUUUAAGGAGGCUCUUCGAACCAAAUAAUAAAGUAAACGUGCACGUACACUCUCAUCCAACAUCAUCUAAUGAAUCUCCUGAAAAUAAGGCUCUAAGUGAACACUCUCAGUUGGCAUCCUCUCAUGAAGAAGAGUCUGAGAAUGUAUACUCGUUGUUGCCAUUAAUUAUUGAUCAGUUUUAUCAGUUGCCAUCAGAUCUCAGAGAAAAAUUUAUAUCCAGAUACCUAAAGAUGAUAUCAGCAGACUAUGGAAGUUCUGAAAGCAAUGAAAGCGAAAGAAGCGAAAUUAAUAAAAAGAGUAGACGUCGAAGACACAGUGAAAUGGAUAGAGAGGAUAAAAACAGGAAUGAUGUUGAAAAGGACGAAACUUCAGAAAGUUAUGAACCCUAUGAAAGGGAUGAAAGCAAUGACAGCGAGAAAAGUGAUGAGAGCGACGAAAUCCAUGGACACGACGAAGCUAAAAACCAUAAAAAACACAAAAAGAGGGCGCAUUCUGAAGGGGAGGAAACUAGUGAAAGUUUUGAAGACUACGAAAGGAGUGAAAGCAACGAAGGCGAGAGAAGUGAUGAGAGCCACGAAAGGGGUGAAAUUCAUAGACGCGAUCACGUGAAAAAAGAUAAAAGGAGGGAGGAGUUUGAAACUGAUGAAAGUUAUAGUGACUAUACGGGGGAUGAAAGCAACGAAAGCCACAGAAAUGAUGAGAGUCCUGAAAGGAGUAGAAGCCGUGGACGCGAUAAGACUAAAAGUAAUAAAGAGGACAUAAAAAGGAAGGUUGGUGAAAGCGUCGAAAUUGGUGAAAGUUAUGAGAACUAUGGAAAUAACAAACGCGAAAUAAGUCGUAAGGCAAAUGGUAAAGGUCGUAGACUUGGUAAGGCCAAAAACCAUAAGAAAGAUAAAAGAAGAAAGGGUGGAGAAAGCAACGAAGUUGGUGGAAGCGAUAAAGGUGAAAUAAAUGAUUCAAACUUUACGGGCGAUCGAGCGGACGACUAAGGAGAAUAAUUAUUUUCAAAAAAGGACAACAGACGAUGGCCUGCAAGAGGGUACAAUAGAGAAAAAUUAAACUAUGAGAAGACUUUCGAUUGAAGACAGCAAAUUCAAAAUAAACGACAGCAUGAAUGUUACUAUUACUAAUAAAUUGAAUCAUUUCUCUU